CGCUGGGGCUGCAGAAGUUGUUCCGACUUCGGAGAGGAAUGGCGGCUCCUCACGCCCUCUUCGUCUGUCUCCCUGCUUUUCUCCUCAUAUGGAAUGUUCUAUGUGAGGCUACGCUUUCGGGCAGCAGGAGGAACAACCAGGAACGAUGCGGCUUCAAGAUGCCGAUGCAGUCCGGGGCCGAUGGGGGUCGUCGGCCGGCGGUCACGCUCCGAAGCGACAACUGCUCGUCCAACUCCCCGCUGGGCAAACACGUCAUUCACGAGGCGGCCAAUGUCUCCUUCACGCAUCUGGCGUGCGACCACCAAGCUGGAGUCGUGGUCCACUGGUCCGCCAGUCCGCUAGGAAUCGAACACAUCAAAGGCUUCCGGGUGUAUCUGGAGGACAAGAACCCCGAUGGAAAACGAUGCCAACAUCUCGUCCUCAAAGACCCGCGGCAGCUCAACUUCUCAUACAAGAACACGAAGCUGAGCAGUCAGCCGUUUAGUGGCUUGAGCUUCGACACGGACUACUUGGUGCGCGUGGUGCCGUUUCCCACGCUGAUGAACGACACCUUCUUCCCGCCGUCGUUCCUCAGGACAAACUCCUGUGAAGUCCUGCUGGGCUCCGAAAACCCUGUCUGCAAGCCAUUCUGGAAGCCGAAGACGCUGAGCGUGUCCCAGCUGGGCUCCGAGUUGCACGUCAGCUUCGAGCAGGCGCCGCCCUCCUUCGCCUUCCACCUCUACUACGUCUACUACAAACUGCGCCAGGACGAUGGAGCCUUCCGACUGCACCGCUGCCAGCCCGACGCCGGGCGGCCGCAAAGCACGUGCAUCCUGAGGGACGUCGUCACUCCAGGGACCUACACCAUCGAGCUCCGGGACGAAAGCAAUACCACCAGGCGUCAGACGCAGUUUUACGUCAGCCAAGUGCACUGGCCAUGGGCGGGGCCUAUCCGUGCCAUGGCCAUCACCGUGCCGCUGGUCAUCAUGUCGGCCUUCGCCACACUCUUCACCGUCAUGUGUCGCAAGAAGCAGCAAGAAAAUAUCUACAGCCAGCUGGACGAGGAGGGCAGUGAGUCAUCCAAUCAGAGCGCGGCGUCCAGCGCCGACAGACCGUGGCCCCGCCCCAAAGUCUUCAUCUGCUACUCGGACCGCGACGGAGCCAAGCACGCCGCAGUGGUACAAAGCUUCGCCUACUUCCUGCAGGAUUUCUGCGGCUGCGAGGUGGUGCUGGACUUGUGGGAACAUCUGGAGAUGUGCAGGGAAGGUCGGAUGUCGUGGCUCAGUCGGCAGCUGGACGAAGCAAACUUCAUCAUCACCGUCUGCUCCAGAGGCCUGCGCUACUUCGUGGAGCGGAAGAGCCGCCGAGGAAAGACGCCGGUGGGUCGCCGCGGCAACAGCGGCGUCUGCGACAUGGAUUGUCCGGCGGGGAGGUCCGGCAGCGGCGGCGGCGACCUGUUUGUGGCGGGCGUGGCGAUGAUCGGCGAGAUGUUGCGGCAGGCCAAGCAGCAGGAGAGCGAGGAGCACGGCCACGUCGGCGAGCUCCACCGCUACAUGGCCGUCUACUUCGACUAUUCCACCGAGAACGACGUUCCCACCGUCCUCGGUCUGGCUCCCAGGUUUAAGCUGAUGGAUCAGCUGCCUCAGCUGUUCGCCCGCCUGCACUCGGGCCACUCGGGCCUGGCCGAGCGCGACUCGCAGCCGCUCAACAUCUCGCGCAGGAACUACUUCCGCAGCAAGUCGGGCCGCUCGCUCUACGUGGCCAUCUGCAACAUGCACCAGCACAUCAGCCAAAACCCGGACUGGUUCCACAAGCUUCACGCUUCCUGCUCGCCACCGCUUCCCAGCACACCCGCCGUGUCUGUCCGGGACGACGAGGUGCCCUCUUCGUCCACCCGUCCGGACGGCGGCCUGGUUCUCAACCAGGUGCUGGCGAAGACGCCUGAGGGCAGCGAGGAAAGGUCCAGGAAGAACGCGCUCUUGCUCGCCCCUGCCUCACCCUCAGACGCCGUCAGCUUCAACCUCAGUCUGGGCCCCGGCCUGAGUGCCGUUCCUGUUCCUGUACCUGCUUCCUUUCCCAGUCCUGCUCCAGCCCUCUCGCCUUGCGGACUGGAACACACUUCCAGAACGUCCUCCGUAAUCUUCCUGGAGGAAGCAUCGCCUUCGCCGUGCGUCCUGGACUACGAGGCUCCUCCUGCAGAAGCGUCGUCUGAGCUGCCGCCGCCACCGCCACCCCGCGACUCGGGCAUCUACGAGUCGUCCGUGCCGUCCUCGGAACUGUCCAUCCCCAUGAUGGACGGCCUGUCUCACGAGCAGGCCGACUCGUCGUCCCUGGCGGAGAGCGAGUCGUCCUCAUCCGGCUUGGGAGACGAGGAGCCGCCGGCAGUCACGUCUCUGGGCUGCGGCACCCCCACAGUUUGUAAAGUGGAACUGCACCACUUGGAGCGAAGUGCGUUACAGGAACCUGUGGCCUCACUGUAACGUUCAAACUAAUUCUCCAAUGGAUGUUCUGGGAUGCCGGUAACCGUGGUGAUCAGGUGUGAAGGACGACGCCUCAGGAACUUUUGCUAACCACUGCAUUUUUUUCCCCACUUUUGAAGUUUUGUAGUGCCUGCGGACUGGUGGGAAUUUUCUUGCUUCCUGAAAAUGUUCCUUUCCAGGAGAAACAUCCAGAGUGGAUAUUUGGCACACAGGCACUUUUUCUGCCCCCGAAAAGUUAUUUUUCGAGGAAUAUUGACUCGACAGUGGUUCCCAAUGUUGGUGGAAAAUAUAUUUUUAUUCACAUUUGAAGAUGCCUUGUCCUAUUGCUAACAUUUGGAAUGAAAUUGGGCACAAAAGUGAAAAAGGGAACAC